AUGUUACGUACACCAGUGCUUGUUUCAUCGCUAACAAAAUAUUUAAUUCGUUUUGCCUCAUCGUCUGCCAUAACAAAAGCUGAUCUUGGCGCAUUAUCGUCAUCGAUAUCAUCAGAUGACACAAAUAUUCAAACACCUCAAAAUAUUGCUGUAGCUCUAUGUAUCCAACGAUAUCCACAUCUUUCACCUGAAAUGUCAAAGUUGGAAUCAGAUUACAGUGAUUUAAUAGAAAAAUCAGAAACAGCUGAAAGUUAUCUCUCCGACCAUGAAUUACGUAUUAAACGAGAAUUACAAACAACCCAACAAAAACCAAAAGAAAUAGCUACAUCUACAACAAAAAGUCCAUCGACAUCAGCAGCAAUUGCAGUCGAAACAGCACAAGAUUUUGAAGACAAAAUGAAUAAAGAAUUUAAACAAUUUCAAUUUGCUCUGAGACAAACAGACGAUGAUAAAACGAAUAAUAUUAAGAGUCAAAAUCGAAAAUUAGAUCAAAAUUUAUUAUUGAUUGUUCAACGAAAAAAUGAAAAGAAUGGAAAAGAUGAAUGGAUAUUUCCACAAAAACUUUAUGAAGGAGAAAAAUCGUUAAGAAUGACAGCUGAUCAAGUACCAUCAAUAUGUGGAAAUUUAAAUGUUCAAAUAUUAGGAAAUGCACCAUGGGCAUGGUAUAAAAGUUCAGAUAAAACAGAUCCAAUUAAAAUAUAUUUUUUCAAAGGCGAAUAUUUAUCUGGUACAAUGAAACAAUUUUCGUCUAAAACAUCAUCAAUUUAUACUGACUAUGCAUGGAUAACACACGACGAAUUACCAAAAUAUUUAUCAUCGUCCUACUACAAAGCUUUAGUUCAAUUAAAAAUGAAAUUGAUUCCAAAUUUAUUAAGACAAAUUGUUGAAUCAAAUACAUUACAUGAUAUAAUAGGCUCGGAUUUAGUAACUAUUUUUCGAUUGUUAAUUGGUACACCCAAAUCCAUUAAUCUACGAAAUAUCUAUUGGCACGGUUUUGUUCAACUCAAUGAAGUUUCAAUUAAAUACUCCUAUCUUUUACUGUAUUUAUUAUUACAAAUUGGUCCCAUUUUACGGUUGUCUCAUACUGUUGAUAUAAUCACACGUAAAUAUAUUUCACUUGAUAAAUUUAAUAAUAAUAAUUUUAAAAUGCCAGAUUUACUAGAUAAUGUAGAUCAGAUAACAUCAAUAAUAGCUCAUAGUCACAUUAUUGAUUAUGGUUUUAAACCAUUAUUAAAACAAAGCUUUGAUUAUUACAAACAGAAAAAUUAUGGUUAUAGUCUUGCUCUAUUAUUACCAGUAUAUGAACAUAUUUUACGAAAAUUAUUUGUCAGUGUCAAUAACUGUAUCGAUCGUUUAUUAACUGCUGAAGCAACAACACUUUACACAACAUUGGAUGAGAUAUUAUGUUGUUGUUUACCAGACGGUUCUUCGAACAAAUUAUGUAUAGAAUUAGGAUAUGGUUACAUGAGUUUAUUGGGUGAUUUGAUAACAUUGCCCGAAGGUGUUUGUUUACGUUCAAAAUUGAGUCAUGGUGAAAUUGAUAUUAAUAAUGUUCAUCAAAAUUUAACAAAUACCGCUAUUUGUCUUUUGUUGACAUUGAUAAUUCGAUAUGAUAGUUCACAACAUAUUUGUGAUAAUUUUAGUCAAACACUAUUGGAUACUGUAUCAAAUUAUAAAACUUGUUAUCAUCCAGUCUCAAUAGCAAAAAAUGGGAUUAUACAGUGUAUUACAAAUAUGAAAAAUCUUCCAGAAAUUGGAUCUCUUGUACUCGAUUCUUUAUUGACUGAUAAUAAUAAUAGAACGACGAAUUUUUUUGCAAUUCAAAUGAAAUUAAACAAUUUUUGGAGAACUGAAAUAAAUGGUUUCGAUAAUUUAUUAGUUGAUAAUGGAGACGUCUCUUUAAAAAGUAUAGAAGCUAUUUUAUUCGAUCAUAGUAAACCGCUAAAUUUAAUAAAUCGAUAUUGUUCACAUUGUACGAAAACAACAUAUAAUGAACAACCAAUAAUAACGUUAAUUCGUCAAAUGUCAACUCUUAUUCUAAAUAUUCUAUUAAAUAUUCAAUCAUUUGUUAAACUUCGAGAAAAUGACUGUGCUUUGAAACAACUACGUGAAAGACAACGGGAAAAUUUAAAUCGAUUUUUGAAACUUUUCUUACAAUAUUCAUUGAUUUUUAUUUGUCAACUGAAUUCAAUAAUAUUAUGGUCAUUGGAUGAUUUAAAAAAUAUUGAUGUAAAAUAUACAAUUCUGUUGCAAAAACUGCUACGUGUUUGGUUAACAUAUUUGGAAAAUACAUUAACAUUAUCGAGUUCAGCAAGAAAUCGAUGGGAUGAGAUAGAUGCAUUGUGCAUGACAACAAUUGAAAAGUCAAAUGUAAUAUUAAAAUAA